CUCUGGCUCUUUCAAUUCAGUUCUGUUAAGGAUAUUAAAGACUACGGAUUGGGUCACGCGACGUCGCGUAUAUAUAAUAUACAGUUUAUUCUGUUCUAUUCCUGCUCCCAACUCCUUAUUAGCAGCCAUUCGUUGCCGUUUUGCGGUUGUCGUUGUCGCUGUCGUUGCCGUUGUCGUUGUCGUUGCCGUUGCGAAAAGUGAAUCGUCAACAAUUGUUGAUAAUGUUGUUUUUGAUUUUUUUGCAUUGCGAUUUUGUGAAAUAAAAUAAAUAAAUAAAACAAAGUGUAAACACUGAGCAUGAUAUGCCAGAUAUCCUGCAACACCAACCAAAAGCAGCAGCAGCAGCAGCAACAGCAGCAACAACAAAAAAGCGACAGCAACAGUCAACAGUGAGCCAAAGCAACAACUUGAAAGAUAGCGACAUUUGCAUUUGAGGGCUCACAUGUUCACAACAACAACAACAACAACAGCAAAAACAAUAAGAAGAAGAAGAACAACAACAACAACAACUCAGCCAAAUACACAGCACAUUUUGGUUGUUCUGCUGGUUACGUUGAUUAAAGUGCGCUGUUACAUCUAACUCAUCUGCACGCCACGCACAAACAGACAGACAGACAGACAGACAGCCAGUCAGAGACUUACAUACAUAUGUACAUAUAUGUACAUACAUAUACAUACAUUAAGAGUCAAACUCAAACGUUUCAAGAGACAUUAAGAUUGGGACGCCUAAGCUCAACACUUCGCCGCCUCCUCCAACCACUUCGCCACUCGCCACUCGCCUACCAAAGGCGCUAAGUAGCAGCUCUCAGCAGAAUAAAAACUUUACACUUUUCAAAAGGUUAUUACAUCUCCCAACAAUAAUGACAACACAUUGGCUUUUACACGUUGGAAUAUUACUAAUACUCGCAGGCACCUCGCUGGGCGCUUCGAAACGCUUCUUCACAGACUUUCUGCAAGAUCUACCAACUCCGGGAACAGGGGGACCCACAUUUGAUACAAGCAUCACCAGCAACAUAACUGGCCUUGUGGGCAAAACAGUGAAGUUGACUUGUCGAGUGAAGAAUCUUGGCAAUCGCACGGUCUCGUGGGUGCGACAUCGGGAUAUACAUCUUCUGACAGUUGGUCGAUACACCUACACAUCGGAUCAGCGAUUUGAGGCAAUGCACUCGCCACACGCCGAAGACUGGACUCUUCGCAUUCGCUACGCUCAGCGGAAGGAUUCAGGAAUCUACGAAUGCCAGAUCUCGACGACACCUCCGAUCGGACACUCUGUCUACCUAAAUAUUGUGGAGCCUAUUACUGAGAUCAUCGGUGGUCCCGAGAUGCAUAUUAACAAAGGAUCCACAAUCAACUUGACAUGUAUUGUGAAGUUUGCUCCGGAACCGCCAGUCACAGUCAUCUGGUCCCACAAUAGACAGGUAAUUAAUUUUGAUUCACCUCGCGGCGGAAUAUCAUUAGUCACCGAGAAAGGAGUGCUGACCACCAGUCGUCUGCUGGUCCAAAAGGCCAUCCAGCAGGACUCAGGAUUCUACACAUGUACACCAUCCAAUGCCAAUCCGACGUCGGUGCGCGUGCACAUCGUCGACGGCGAACAUCCAGCGGCCAUGCAUCACGGAAACUCGGCGACGUUGCAGCCGCCAGCUCUGUGCCCCUUGGUGCUGCUCACGUGUGGAAUGCUGAUCUUGAUGAAGAUGCAAUCGGAGUCCUCUUGCUUCUCGGUUGUCUCUCAAGGUCCGACAAGGUCAGCGACAAAUGCCACAUCGCGACGUCGUUUCAUAUCCAUGGCCAGCUGUUCAUCACAACAACAACAACAACAACAAGAACAAAAUCGUGUGUGGCUACAACGAAACUAUCUCAAACGGAGCUUGGUUCUUCCCACAACAUAACUGCCGGAAUGUGUAGACAAAGUGGCUGAUUUAGAUACACACUUGGCAUCCGGUUUUCUAAGUUUCUAAACGCUUACCAAAUUUAACAUAUAUUCAUAUAUGUAUAUGUUACGUAUGUUGAACGAAAUUCAGAAGUCAGCUUGAGCUUUCGACUGGUCGACAUUAUCAAUUUUCUGAAAAAUAUGAAUAAAUCUCAAAAUUGGGAAAUUUUUUCUAAACGCUACCUUGGUAGAUGCAAGAAAAAAGAAAAAAUAAGACAACUACACUAGCAAUAUACGUUCAGAGACAGAAACAGAAACAGAGAAAGAGAAAGAGACAGAGAGACGUAUAGAGUAAAUUUGUAUAUAGCGCUAUUAAUGUAAUAUUCAUCUUUUAUAUCUAAAGUAAAUAUCAAGAAAUAUGAUUAUGAUUUCUCUUUUAUACUGUCUAUUUGUUUGUUCGACUUCGCUCUCUUAACAUGAACAAGUAACAAGUAAGAAAGCAACUAAGGAAUACACAACACAACAACAACUUAAGCUAUACAUGUCUAAAACAAAAUACCAAAAAACAUCUAAAAUGGGGAAUUGUAAUUGUUUUCUUUUUCCUUAUAACGUUUUAUUAUACACUAUCUAAGCUCAAGACUAUAGUAAAAUAUAAAAA